GCCCCGCUCCUCCCGCCACUGGCAGCUCUAAGAUGCCCCGCUAUGAACUGGCUUUGAUCGUGAAAGCCAUGCAGAGGGGUUGGUACAGUAGGCCUCACUAAACUUAGCUGCAACUAAGAAUUUCUCCUACAUCAACUGAGUUAAGGCUGAUGCUCUUGUGGAAUGUGGAUUAAAAGUGCGUGCUAAGUUCCCAAAUUUGAGAAGCGGAGAAAAGUAAAUGUACCACUGCCACCAGCAUCAGGACAGCAAACCAAGGGACAAAGAAUUUGACCCGCUGUGUUGAUUUUGGUUAAAACUGGUUCACGUGGUGCUUAAGAGACGUUGGCUGGGGGGCGAGAAGUGGACGUCAGCGAAAGCUUUUUUUUGGUUACAAAAAUGAGGGCUUCUUUGGAGCCAGCAGACAUUGCCAUUGUGGCCCUGUACUUCGUGCUUGUAAUGUGCAUAGGUUUCUUUGCCAUGUGGAAAAGCAAUCGGAGCACCGUGAGUGGCUACUUUUUGGCAGGGCGUUCUAUGACCUGGGUAGCUAUCGGGGCCUCGUUGUUUGUGAGCAAUAUUGGAAGUGAACAUUUCAUUGGGCUCGCAGGAUCUGGAGCGGCGAGCGGAUUCGCCGUAGGCGCGUGGGAGUUCAACGCCUUAAUGCUUUUGCAGCUUUUGGGAUGGGUCUUCGUGCCAGUCUACAUCCGGUCGGGAGUGUACACCAUGCCCGAAUACUUGUCCAAGCGGUUCGGAGGGCAUAGGAUUCAAAUCUAUUUUGCAGCGUUGUCUCUAAUCCUUUAUAUCUUCACCAAACUCUCGGUUGACUUGUAUUCAGGGGCGCUUUUUAUCCAAGAGUCCCUAGGGUGGAACCUGUACCUGUCGGUGAUCCUGCUGAUCGGAAUGACGGCGCUGCUGACGGUGACCGGAGGGCUGGUGGCCGUCAUCUACACGGACACCCUCCAGGCGCUGCUUAUGAUCGUCGGGGCCCUCACGCUCAUGAUCAUAAGCCUCAUGGAGGUCGGUGGGUUUGAAGAAGUGAAAAGGAGGUACAUGUUGGCCUCACCAAACAUCACCUCCAUCCUGCUGACCUACAACAUCUCCAACACCAACUCCUGCAACGUCAGCCCGAAGCCCGACUCUCUGAAAAUGCUGCGCGAGCCGACGGACGAGGACAUUCCCUGGCCCGGAUUUCUGCUGGGACAGACCCCGGCCUCGGUGUGGUACUGGUGCGCCGACCAAGUCAUCGUGCAGAGAGUUCUGGCCGCCAAAAACAUCGCUCAUGCCAAAGGCUCCACCCUCAUGGCCGGCUUCCUGAAGCUGCUGCCCAUGUUCAUCAUCGUGGUGCCGGGCAUGAUCUCCCGCAUCCUGUUUGUGGAUGACAUUGCCUGCAUCAACCCCGAGCACUGCUUCCAGGUGUGCGGGAGCAGGGCCGGCUGCUCCAACAUCGCCUACCCGCGCCUGGUGAUGAACCUGGUGCCCGUGGGGCUGCGCGGGCUCAUGAUGGCCGUGAUGAUCGCCGCCCUCAUGAGCGACCUGGACUCCAUCUUCAACAGCGCCAGCACCAUCUUCACCCUCGACGUCUACAAACUGCUGCGGAAGAGCGCGACCUCCCGGGAGCUGAUGAUCGUGGGCAGGGUCUUCGUGGCCUUCAUGGUGGUGAUCAGCAUCGCCUGGGUGCCCAUCAUCGUGGAGAUGCAGGGCGGGCAGAUGUACCUGUACAUCCAGGAGGUGGCGGAUUACCUGACGCCGCCGGUGGCCGCCCUGUUCCUCAUGGCCAUCUUCUGGAAGCGUUGCAACGAGCAAGGAGCUUUCUACGGCGGCAUGGCCGGCUUCGUGCUGGGCGCCAUCCGCCUGGUCCUGGCCUUCUUCUACCGCGCUCCCGAGUGCGACCAGCCCGACACCAGGCCCGGCUUCAUCAAGAACAUCCAUUACAUGUACGUGGCCACGGGCCUGUUCUGGAUCACCGGCGUGGUGACGGUCGUGGUGAGCCUGCUGACGCCGCCGCCCACCAAGGAGCAGGUGAGGACCACCACGUUCUGGGCCCUGAGGAAGCGCAGCGUGCCCGAGAGCGCCGGCAAAGGGGAGCUGUACCAGGCGCAGGAGAAGAGCAUCCUCAAGUGCAACGCCAACCACAUCAUCCCCAACGGCAAGUCGGAGGAGAACAUCAUUAAAAACGUCAAGCCGGAGGACAUCAACCUGCUGGUGACGUGCAGGGACGACAGCAACCCGGUGAUCUCGGUGAGCCACUCCGAGGUGGAGACGCCCGUGGAUUGUUAUUCCAACGGACAGGCCGCCCUGAUGGGGGAGAAAAAGCACGAGGAGGAGGAGGAGGGGACUGACGACAGGGCGAGACAUUUGAAAUUCAUAGAUUGGUUCUGUGGCUUUAAAAGUAAAAACAUAAACAAGAGAGUGGUUCGGGAGGUCGAGGAAGAGACUGUUUGUUUACAAAUGCUGGAAGAGACUCCAAAAGUUAAACUAUUACUAAAUACUGGACUGGUCUGUGUCUGUUCAAUUGGAAUCUUCAUGUUUGUCUACUUCUCUUUGUGAGUGAAUAGUGAACUUUUAAGGGUAUGGCUUAAACAUACAGAAGUUGAUACAGGUCUCUGGAGAUUUUUUUUUUUGGUUUUUCUUUUCUUUUCAAACAACAUAACCACAACCCAGGCAUUGUUUACGCUAUAAUUGUAAGAUCAACUCAGCUUUAGCCUAUUUCGAGACCAUUUGAAAUGUGUUGUCCUCCCUCUGCUGCAAGCAGAACCUGUCCUGUGGUGGCUUUUUCUUUUUCCCCUUUUGUGUUUGUUUUGUUUUUUUGUUUGUUGGUUUUGUUUUUUUUUUUCCAUUUGCAGCACUAACCUUUUGUUUUUCUGUGUAUAAAUAUACCAAAGGCGGGCAGGUGGCUGUGUUUGAAGUCAGGCAGUUACAGCUCAGUCAGCAUUAAGUGAAGAUAACAGGUAAUCAGUUAGCAGUGUGUAAAAUCUGAGUGAUUAAAGCUGUAUCAAAAGAUUUUUAAAUGCAGAGCUGUGAUGCACAUUUAUAAAAUAACUGAAUUACCUUGGCCAACUUAGCGCUUUUUAAUUGCACUCGCUGCUUUUUUUUUUCUUUCUUUCAGUUUC